AUGACGCUCUGGGGCGCCAUUCUAAAAGCGCGCUCUCGCGCCUCAAACCGCCAUACUUCUUAUGCGCCUGGAUGGUUUAACCCGGGCCGGCGACUGCACCUGACGGCCGCCACCUGUACUGUUUCCGCCGGCGCCAAGGCGUCUUCCCGGAACCGGAACAUGGCGGAACUCUUGGCGGAGAUGCCGCUCUGCGAGCUCCAGGUUGCAAAGCCGCAGAAGAAUAAGGCCAACAGUGUCGCUCCCAAGGACCGAUUUUCAUCUACAGAGCCAGAGGACGAGUUUCUGACGGUGUGUCUCUUGGGCGAAGGGCGGACUUCCUGCCAGCCGAACCUGAUUUGCGGACCGGGGAGCAUGUUCCGGGUGGCUUGGUUGGACGAGCAGGAGACGGGGCAAGAUUACGAUGUCCAUAUUGUGGGACACGAGCUCCAGAUUAGCACCGUGAAACACAAAAGCGCAGCCCUUGAGUUGCUGGAGCGCACCGAAUGCCUCAAUUCGCGUAUGCCCAUAAACAGAAAUGCCAAAGGGCGAUAA